AUGGCGCCUUUCCCAUUUGGUGUUGCUCAGACUGCUGAGCGUAGGGUCGGUGGUUUGCUGCAGCAGCAGCAGCAGACAGCAGCAGCAGCAGCAGCAGUGGAUGCUGCAUUGCUGCAGCAGCAAACACAGCCAUUGGCCAACAGCGAGGCAGCAGCCCUCGGCGCGCGGCUGCAGCAGGCGCUGCAGCACCUUCAGCAGCAGCAACAACAACAGAAGCAGCAGCAGCAGCAGCAGCAGCAGCAGCAGCAACUCUCCCACGUCCCGCCGCUCUUGCAGCAAUCGCCUGUGCAGACAGCUCUGCAGCUGCUGCGGCAGCAGGAAGCAGCAGCAGCAGCAGCUGCUGCAGCAGCAGCAGCAGCAGCGGAUGGAGCGCGAGAGAAUAGGAAAGGUGUUCCCCGUAAUCACCGCCAUCUGCAGCAGCAGCAGCAGCAGCAACAGCAGCAGCAGCAGCAGCAGCAAGAGCGACUAGAAGCAGUGGCCCGUGCUAUGCGGCAGUACGAUACUGUGGGGCCCCCCUCUCCCUUUGCUGCUUACAGCAGCAGCACUGCACACACAGCAGCAGCAGCAGCACCAGCAGCAGCACCAGCUGCAGCAAGUGCAGCAGCAGCAAUGGGAGCAGCAGCAGCAACAACAACAGGAGCAGGACAGGGUCCCAUGCUGCAGCAGCAAAGCGCAGCAGCAGUGCUGCAGUCAGCAUUAGAGGCAAUAGAAAAGAGUUUGCUGCAGGGGUCCUCUAGAGGCGCACCUCGUGCUGCUGCUGCUGCUGCUGCUGCAGCACCUCGUACUGCAGCAGGAGGAGGAGCAGCAGGAGCAGCAGGAGCAGCACCAACAACAGCAGCAGCAGCAGCAGCAGCAAUAGAGGAACUUAUUAGUCAUUUAUCUUGGGUACGAUGGGCAUUAAAGAAAGUACAGCCUAAUCUAACUGUCCCCUUGCUGCCUUUGCUGCAGCAGCUGCAGCAGCAAGCAGCAAAACUGCAGCGGAAGGCUACAGCUGCAGCAGCACCAGCAGCAGCACCAGCAGCAGCAGCAGCAGCAGCAGCAGGACGUCCGUCCUCUCCCUCUACUAAGACUAUACCUAGACGUAUAGGGUCUCCUUGUCUCUUUGCCCUAAGGGAGUGGCUAUCGCAGCAGCAGCAGCUUGCUGCUGUUGCUGCUGCUGCUGCUGCUGCUGCAGGACAGCAACAAGAACCGGACCACGACCUGCAGGAGCAGCAGCAGCAGCUGCUACAGGAGCGGCAGCAGCAACAAAUGGCUGCUGCACUAGGGAGUCUGCUGCAGCGAGCAGCAGAGGAGACACUAGAUAAGGAAGGUAUUUGUUUACCAAGGAUACAAACAUUAACUACUUUGCUGCUAGAUGAUGCUGCUGUGCUGCGCUAUCAGCUGCAGCAGCAGCAGCAGCAGCACGAACAGCAGCUGCAGCAGCACCAGCAGCACCAGCGGGCAGUUGUUGAGGAGAGAGGGGGAGCACAAGCUGGCGUUGGAGGAGACACAGCAGCAGCAGCAGCAGCAGCAGCAGCAGAUGCAGAUGCGUAUUUAGACUCCCUUAGCAUUCAGGCAGCAGCACGAAGACACCAGCUGCUGCUAGAUGCUGCACAGCAGCAGCAACAAGAGCAGCAGCAGCAGCAGGGACGUGACUCCUCUGCAGCAGAAGCAGCAGCAGCAGCAGCAAAUCUGUGGCCGCCGAGGGCCCCCCUGAAGCAGGUAAGCAGCUACAGAGGUGCUGCUGCAGCAGGAAAAGCUGGUGCUGCUGCUGCUGCUGCUGCAGCAGCAGCAGCAGCAGAUUUGCUGCCAGCAGACAAUAUAACAUUAAGAAGUUUAGCUCGUCAUCUGCAGCUAGAAGAAGAAAGGGUACUGGAGCUAGCGGGGGCCCUGCUUGGGGGCCCCCCAGGGGGCCCCCAUGGGGUACCUGCAGUGACACCCCAAUUAAGAAUAACAGAAGAAGAAGCAGAAGUAAUUAGUGAUGAAUUAAAUUGUCUACAUUUACUUAAACUUAGCAGCAGAACUGUCUCUAAACUGCAGCAGCAGCAGCAGCAGCAGCAGCAGCAGCAGAUGAGGAGGGCACCUCCUGUUAUUACUGUUAUGGGGCAUGUUGAUCAUGGCAAGACUACCCUACUAGAUGCACUACGCAGAUCCUCUGUUGCAGCAACAGAAGCAGGAGGUAUAACACAAACAAUAAGCAGCAGCAGUUUCUGUCUUGCUGCUGCUGCUGCAUCCCCUGAUCAGCAGGAGCAGCCGGGUCAGCAGCAGCAGCAGCAGCAGCAGCAGCAGAUGGAGUUGGAAGCAUAUGGCGUAAUUAGUGAUCAGGAUGGAGGAGAUGUACCCUUUAUACCUGUUAGUGCAAAGACAGGAGAAGGUCUUGAUGAUUUAAUUGCAUGCAUCUCUCUUAUAUCUGAUUCAUUACCUCAUUUAUCUAUUCCUCCUCCUCCCUCUGCAGCAGCAGCAGCAGCAGCAGGAGGAGGAUCAGGAUCAGCAGCAGCAGCAGCAGCAACAGCAGCACGAGCAUUUGUCUUAGACUGUACAGUACAUAAAGAAAGGGGACGCCUGCUGCAUGCAAUAGUUAGAUCAGGGUACCUACAGGAGGGAGGAUGGGUAGCGGUGGGUACCCAUUAUGGUCGUAUAAAGAGGUUAUAUAAGCAGGGGGCCCCUUCCUCAUCCUCUAUGUCCCAUAUGGUUGGGGGCCCCCCAUCCCAUAUGGGGGGCCCCCAACCCUAUAGGGGGGCCCCCAUAAGGGUACCCUUUGCAGGCAUGAAUGAGGCCGUAGAAAUAGUUGGACUUGGAGACUUCGAUGCCUCUGCUGGCCAAUUAAUUAUACAGGCAAAGACACAGCAGCAAGCAGCUAAGCUUGCUGCUAUGGCACAAAGAGCUAUAGAGGUAAAUUCUCCUGCUCCUCCUCCUCCUCCUCCUCCUCCUCCUGCUCCUGCUGAUGGUGGUGGUGGUGGUGAUGGUAAUGGUGGUGGUGGUGGUGGGGUUGCUUCUGCUGCUGCUGGGGGUGCGGUCCGAUCUGCUAAGAAGAAAGAGGAAGAAGAAGACGAAGAAGAAGAAGAAGACGAAGAAUCAGCAACAGAUAGACAGUUAAGUACAACAAGUAUGGAUAAUUUACGUCAUGGAGGUAGUAGUGUGUUACCAGAG